AUGCAGAAACUGAUAACGGUUGCUAGACAACCAGUUUGUAAAAGUUAUGAGUCUACUUUUAAAGUCUUUAACCGGACUCUUUUCAAGAAGUUCCGAGAGACACCUAAGAAAUUAGCUAAUUUCGAUGAGAGUGAAGGCUUUCACCACGAAUAUUCAAUACGGCCAGAUACUUUUGCAUUCAAGGUAUCAGGCGCCAAUGAGAGAUCAAGAACAGUAGUUGAUACCAAGAGGGAAAAAAUACAUCCAACUGACAAAAAGGUACAUCCAUUGCAAAAAAAUAAUUCUAAAAAUGGGUUUAAUGUAGUUGACUUUAUCUAUAGAAACUCCACUAAUUACCCUUUUAAUGAACGUUCACCACAAGAAGUAUUCAAUGAAUAUCCGCUUACUAAUUCCUCAAAGUUAUCUAGGCGUUUACAUCGUCCAAAGAAGAUCAAAAUGCUUACUUCUGAUUUUAUAGACGAUUCUUUAUACAACCCAAACUAUGGAUAUUUUUCACAAGAAGUUGAAAUUUUCCACCCUGACCAACCGUUUGAUUACAAUAAUAUUUCCGAUGUUGAUGACUUUAUGGAUAAUUGGCAAAAAGCUUAUUCAAAAUAUGAUGAAAUGAAUCCCAAAGCCUACCAGGCUAAACAAAAGCUUAAAGAUAUAGCGAAGCAAAAUGAAGUUUCUAAAGAAACUGACUCAAAACUUGCCCGUAGAGCCAAGCAAAUUUACAAGAAAGAAACAGAACUAGUACAGACUGGCCAAUUUUCCAAAACGAAGAGAUCGUUACAAUUAUGGCAUACACCAACAGAAUUAUUUCAACCCUAUUAUGGUGAAGCUUUGGCUCGCUACUUAUUAGUAAAUUAUAAAUUAAAUGGCUAUUAUCCUUAUAAUGAUUUAAUAAUUUAUGAAAUGGGAGGAGGUAAUGGUACCCUAAUGUGUAACAUCCUUAAUUAUAUCAAAGAGAACCAACCGGAUGUUUACGCUAGAACCCAAUAUAAAAUCAUUGAAAUUCUGAGCCAGUUAGCUGAGAAACAAUAUUCAAAUGCAUUGAAAUCAAAAUUAAUUCUGCAAGGGCUAGACUCUCUGAAGUUGGAGAUUAUUAAUAAAUCAAUAUUUAAUUGGGAUAGAAUAGUGGAGGAUCCCUGUUUUUUCAUAGCAUUGGAAGUAUUCGACAAUUUCGCUCAUGAUUUAAUUAGAUAUGAUAACGUUACAGGUGAGCCGUAUGAGGGCCAUGUCUUGAUUGAUGAGCAUGGCGACUUUUAUGAAUUUUUCACGCCAGAGUUAAGUUAUUACUCAAAUGCAUUUUUGCAAUUACGAGAAAAUGGACAAUAUCCAGUCUUAAAGCAUUCAGAUACGGUUCUCGGCAAGAUAGAAACAGCAAAAAGUAUGGUUCCAUUUGUCACCAACAAAGACAAAAUUCAUCCUCUUUACCAUUCAUCUCAGAAGCUAAAAACGAUGAAUUACCUUUUACCCUUUAAAGAUAAUUUAACGCCUGGAGAAUUUAUUCCAACAAAAUUAUUACAUUUUUUUCAGAUUUUGAAGCAUAAAUUUCCUCAGCAUUCGUUGAUCUGCUCUGAUUUCCAUUUUUUACCAAACUCCAUCAAUGGCUACUACAAUGCACCCGUGGUUCAAACAGUCAUUCAAGAUAAGAUGGUCGACGUAACUACAUACAUGUGCUAUCAAGGUUAUUUUGACAUAAUGUUCCCUACGGAUUUUGGAGUGGCUGGAGAUUUAUACAAGCAGGUUACUGGUAAAGUUCCACGAGUCGAACUGCAUCAUGAUUUUCUAGAACAUUGGGCUGAUACUGAUAUUACAAGUACCAAAAAAGGAGAAAAUCCAAUGCUAGAUUUUUAUACAAACGUUAGCUUUAUGGUUAGUUAG